UUGCACUUGCUUACGUUCCAGGUCAGAGGGAUCUUUGCCCCCUAGAUUAUGACUUAUGUCCUGAUUCGGUCAGAUCGACGGCGUGGAGGAAGACAGAAUGGCAAAACCGCAUCGACCUCUACCAUCGGGGAUGAUAUCACUGGAAAGCGCAACCAUACUCUACUACGUGCUCUUUACGCUCAUGUGGGUUGCAGCCCUGUAUACCAACACGAUCCCGUGUACGCUAACUUAUUCGGUGGCCAUCUUGAUCUACAACGAAGGGGGGCUUGCCGCAGUACCCGUCGUGAAAAAUGUCAUUGGGGCUGUAGGCCUCGCAUGUUACUGUUGGGGAACCACCAUCAUACUCGACCAUGGAAGGGAGGUACACGGUUUGAAGGCAAUCGCUAUGGUCAUGACCGGAGCUAUAUUUGCCACUACGGGCCAUGCGCAAGACUUCCGUGAUCGUUCUGCGGAUGCACUUAUGGGUCGCAAAACAAUCCCAUUGCUGCUCUCUCAACCUAUGGCCCGCUGGUCGCUCGCCGCCUUGAUCGCGGCCUGGACGAUCGGGCUCAUCGCCUUAUGGCAGCCACCAGCUGUAGCCAGUAUCGUGUUUGCGAGUCUCGCUCUACGGUGCUUUGGGGGCUAUCUUUGGAGCUAUGACGAGAAAGACGAUUACACAUCUUACUGUUGGUAUGGUUUCUGGCUUCUCGCAAGUAACUUACUCCCUAUCUUUCCUCGACUGAGAGGGGAAAUAUAUUAGAGAGAUCAAGGGUGUACAUGGGGUGGUAUACUAAAAGGGAAUAGACCGACUGGGAGGGUUGUGGAUAG